CGCUCUCCGCCUCCGCCGCGCCCUCCUCGACCGGGAUGGGCCCCCCCACCGCCGCCGGAGUUGUCGCCUCCCGGCCGCAGCCUCGAUCGCCGCGCGAGCCCUGAAUCCCCGGGCGCCACGCCGUCCGAGUCACCCCACAGCCUCGCCCCUGCCCGGCCGUGGAGCGGGCGCGAUGCUGCCGCCGGUGCCCUCCCGCCUCGGGCUGCUGUUGCUGCUGCUCCUGUGUCCAGCGCACGUCGGCGGACUGUGGUGGGCCGUGGGCAGCCCCUUGGUCAUGGACCCUACCAGCAUCUGCAGGAAAGCACGGCGGCUGGCAGGGCGGCAGGCUGAGUUGUGCCAGGCAGAGCCAGAAGUGGUGGCAGAGCUAGCCCGGGGCGCCCGGCUUGGGGUUCGUGAGUGCCAGUUCCAGUUCCGCUUCCGCCGCUGGAACUGCUCCAGCCACAGCAAGGCUUUUGGGCGCAUCCUGCAGCAGGACAUUCGGGAGACGGCCUUCGUGUUUGCAAUCACUGCUGCCGGUGCCAGCCACGCGGUCACACAGGCCUGUUCCAUGGGUGAGCUGUUGCAGUGUGGCUGUCAGGCACCCCGAGGGCGGGCACAGCCUCGGCCCCCCGGCCUGCCUGGUACCCCUGGGCCUCCUGGGCCCAUGAGUUCCUCAGAUGCCACCGCUGCCUGGGAGUGGGGAGGCUGCGGCGAUGACGUGGACUUCGGGGACGAAAAGUCCAGGCUGUUUAUGGAUGCGCGGCACAAGCGUGGUCGCGGAGACAUCCGAGCCCUGGUGCAACUACACAACAACGAGGCUGGUCGGCUGGCCGUGCGGAGCCACACACGCACCGAGUGCAAGUGCCACGGUCUGUCCGGAUCCUGCGCACUGCGCACCUGCUGGCAGAAGCUGCCCCCGUUCCGCGAGGUGGGCGCGCGGCUGCUGGAGCGCUUCCACGGUGCCUCACGCGUCAUGGGCACCAACGACGGCAAAGCCCUGCUGCCAGCUGUCCGCACGCUCAAGCCGCCAGGCCGUGCCGACCUCCUCUACGCCGCCGACUCGCCGGACUUCUGCGCUCCCAACAGGCGCACUGGCUCUCCGGGCACUCGGGGCCGCGCCUGUAAUAGCAGCGCCCCAGACCUCAGUGGUUGUGACCUGUUGUGUUGCGGCCGUGGGCACCGCCAGGAAAGCGUGCAGCUCGAGGAGAACUGCCUGUGCCGAUUCCACUGGUGCUGCGUAGUGCAGUGUCACCGCUGCCGCGUGCGCAAGGAGCUCAGCCUCUGCCUCUGAUUCACAGCCUUUCCAAAAUGUGUAGAGCCCCCUCUCCGCACCGGUGGGAAGCCUUGGGCUCCAGCAGGGGGCGCUGCACGGAGCGCCCCACUAGCUCUCUGCCAAAGUCCAUCUGUUAGGCCUCUGAGGCCAGGGACUUGGGGUUUACGCCAGACUUAUGAAGGUUCAGGGCGCCAGAAGGCCCCUGGAAAUGCGCUCUGAGAAUUUCUGGAGGCAAUUAUACAGGCCAUCUUUCCUUUUGGCUCCAUGGUUGGAAACAGACUCCUGCCUCUAGGACUCUGGAGAUCAGACUCUUCAGAGCUGCUGGUCAUGGGAUGCGUGGGUGAGGCUCUUAUCAAUAAAGAUAUUUAAACCAAUAGUACUGGACCCACAGCGUGGGAGGAGGACUGAUCUCUGGCGGGCUGCUGCGCGAAAAGAAAUGGUUUUCAUAGAGCUCAACCCUCAGAGAUAUAUCACCCUGAGUCCCUGUCUCCCCUAAGCCACCAGAUUGGACAUUUUCUCUUGACACUCUUCUGUUCUUUUGUCUUGUUUUGUUUUUUAGUUUGUGUAUUUUGGUACAGGGUCUCA